AUGAAGAAGAACACCAAACUGAACGCCGAAGCCUCGGGCCUCAGCGGUGAACUGCUUCGCCUGUUCGUCGUCGAGGCCAUCAACCGAGCCGGGAAGCUGACCGAGGCGGAGGGGUCGACCAUCAUUGAAGCCCACCACCUUCAGCAGAUCCUGCCCCAGCUCCUCCUUGACUUCUCAUGA